AUGGGUACAAAGCCAAGUGAACCAGCAGAACCAACACAAACCUUUCUCUUCACCGUUCUUCUCCAACUGCUCGCCACCGGCAACGACGACAAUGACAACUGCAACAACGACGGCGGCAACCCACCAACAGAACUUGAAGCAGAUCGCAGGUUGCAAGAUGUGAAACAGGUUGAGAAGUUAUUCUAUAGAAUUCCGAUUUCAAUCUUGCGGGAUGAUGUGAGAUACGAUUCGUUCGUCAUAAAAAGUGACGAAGAUUUGCAAGUACUAUUCCAUUGUCGUCGGCAAUUUCUCGAGGUCAGGACCCCUAAGAUGUUGGCCAAGCUUGUAGAUGUGGUCUCCAACUCAGGAGGUUCAAACUGGAAUCCCCAACCCCCAACAACGGCAACAUGUUCUAGUUCAAGGCCUGUUGGUGCCUCUUCAUCUGUGUCUGUGAUUGCACCUGAGGCAAUGUUAGUUGCCUCCCUAUCCUUCGCAACUGAUUUAAACAGCAGUCGUGACGAAGAAAUAGGUGAUACUACGAUUGUCGGAUUUACUAAUAUGGCACUGGUUCCAUUACAUAAUGGAGCAUCGGAUGGUGUGGACGACGUACUGUGGGAUGAUGAUGACGAUGAUGAUGUGGAGCCUGAGACAAUUGUUGAUGAUAGUGGUGAUGACAUAGCAGGGAGUAAUCCAGCUGAAGGUGGUGGAGCGUUUAGUUCAAGUACUCAGCAGUAUCCCCCGCACUUUUCAACUUUAAACUUGGAUGCCAUGAGACAGCAGGGGUACAAAGUGGUGGAGUCCGAUUAUCGCAAGUACUAUGGGAAGUAUAAGGAAUUUGGCAACGAGUGCACGUGGUUGAUUCGGACCAGUCUCUGCCAGUGCAGAGGUAUUUGGGAGGUAAAACGGUACAAUAGACCUCAUACUUGUCUAGCCAUAUCGAUAUUGAGUGAUCACAGGAGUCUUGAUUAUCAUGUGAUCUCGGCAUUCAUACUGCAAAUGGUUAGAGCUGAUGCUGCCGUUUGUAUCAAGAUCACGAUGCCAGGUACUAUAGCGGUAUUGAAGACGAGUCCUAUGCGGGUUGGUGGGCAGGUGGAUGACUCUGCAGGUUAUUUUCAUCGGCUUUUUUGGACAUUCCCACUGUGUAUUGAGGCAUUUUAUCAUUGCAAGCCGUUGGUCAGUGUGGACGGUACUCAUCUAUAUGGCAAAUACGGUGGUACAUUGUUGGUCGCGAUUGCGCAGCACGGCAACUCCAACAUCAUUCCUAUUGCAUUUGCACUUGUGGAGGGUGAGAAUGCAGAGUUGUGGGCUUUUUCCAUCCGUCACGUGGUGGCAAAUUUCACGCUGAAUUUCAAGGGCAAGGAUGCACAGAGGUUAUUAAUAAAUGCUGCUUAUGCCAAGACUGAGGCCGAGUUUCACUACUGGUUUGACAUUCUCCAUGCCAAAGAUCUUACUAUGUGCGACUGGGCUAAUCGAAUUGACUAUGCACAUUGGACUCAUCAUUGGGACGAAGGUCGGAGAUUCGGGCACAUGACUACGAAUAUAUCUGAGUGUGUGAACUCGAUACUAAAGGGUGUGAGGAACCUUCCAAUCUGUGCGUUGGUGAAGGCCACUUAUGGGAGAUUGGCCGAGCUAUUCGUUCAGAAAAGAAGAGAGGCCAAGGCACAGUUAGGAACCGAACAGCAGUUUAGUCAGCAUUUGAUUAAGGAGAUCAAGGCAAAUCUGAAGACCUCAUGGUGUUUCACCAUGACUGUGUACGACAGGGACAACUCAGAGUUUACUGUGGCUGAGACCACUCCGACAGGGAGUUUUUCACUAGGCACAUACAGAGUAUCCCUCACCGACCAGACAUGUGAUUGCGACUAUUUCCAGGCACUUCAUUAUCCAUGUCGUCAUGCCUUAGCUUGUUGUGCAUAUGCACGCCUGACCUGGUCCACCUAUGUCCACGAGGUAUAUCGCCUUAGCUCCGUGUUUGAUGUUUAUCGCAUGGUAUUCACACCUCCAAUUCCGGAGGGGUUUUGGCCACCGUAUGAUGGUCCAACCGUCAUACCUAAUCCGGCCAAGAGACAUGCGUCUGAGGGGCGCCCCAGGACCACCAAGAUCCGGACUACCAUGGAUGAGGCUAUACUGCCUAUGAUUAGAGCUGAUGCUGCCAUGUGUAUCAAAGUACUGCUGAAUGCGACAGAGGCACAUUUUGGUUUUAGACCGACUUACAGGAGGGUUUGGUUGGCUUAG